GUGCCUUUAAUUGCCGCGCUCGGUAUCGGUUGUGCUUGGAUAGUAACAUUUGAUUCGUUGUCUAUGGGAAAUUGGAAAUAUGCGGGGAGGUGCGGAAAAAACGCUUCUACGAUUUCUUUUUCACCAAAUUCUUGCAUCAACAUUUUAAACGAACGAACUAGUAACCAGUAACCCUAACCAGACACAAGUCACUCUCAACGACGACAAGAACAACGAUAGCCAGUACAGGACAGGACAAGAAGCAUCUUAAACAAUUCUGAGACAUCAUCGAACCGGACGAAGCAGCGUAGCAAGCCCAUUGCAAAAAUGGCCCACACACAUCUGGGACGCGCUGUGAAAAACAUUGAGGCACCGCGCCCACUGAAGACACAGUCGCGUGCCUCGUUGAAGAACAGCUAUUUGGUGAUUGAGGAGCUUAUCCAGUUGAUUGACAACGUUACCGUGGGCCUGCAGUCAUACAAUACCACACCGGAAUCGAUAACGCUGCUGCUGCACAAUCUACGCGUCCAUGGACCACAGCUGGAGGCGUUGUCCAAGGAUACACUGGAUCGGGCCUUUGUGGUGUUCCGCAACGCUUCGCAGGACGAACGGCUGAACAUACUGACGCGUCUCAAGCUGCUCGAGCUGAUCGAGCUGCGUGCCAAAAGCUGGGAGAACGAUGAUACUAUCGCCUACUACAAGUCCAAGCAGCAAGUCUCCAACGUGGAGCUGCCCUCAGAGACAUAUCAGUACGAUGCCGGCGGGCAGCCAGGCGGCUUUCUCAGCACCUCCCCCACAUUCGGUGUCAGCGGUGGCGGUGUCAACGUUGGCGUAGGUUCCGCCGCCGCUGCUGCCGUUUUUAAUGCGGCCUCUGCAGCCGUAGCCGCCCAAGCAGCGGCCAUUGCGGCUGUGGGCUCACCCAACCAGCAGCACCUGCUGCUGCCGCCCGGUGAGGUUAUCCGCAACUCGGGAAAGUUCCCCAAGCCCACGAAGAUACCCGGCAAGACGUACUGCAAGGACGAGGUGGUUAUACGCAACGCAGACUCCGGCAAAGUCAUGGGCAUCAAGGGUCGACGCGUGCACAUGAUCGAGGAGCUUAGCGAAACCAUAAUAUCGUUUCAAAGAGUCAACCCGGGUGCCAAGGAGCGUUUGGUGCAGAUCACUGGCCCAGCCGAAGAUAAAAUUAACUAUGCCAAACAACUGAUGGAGGACACAAUUCGCCGCAAUGCAUCGCCCGUGCGCCUGGAACCCGCUCCCGCUGCCGGUGGAUCGUGCUCUUCACUCAAUUCAUCCAACUCGGACGACGCCAUUGUGCAGCCGCGCACUCCCGGUGGCGGCAGCAGUAGCUUGGCCAACCGGCUGAGCUUCAAUUCGGCGCAGAACUUUAUGACCGCCACUGCGGCGGCGCAGCAGAUCUCGCAGCAUCACCAACAGCAUCAACAGCACCAGCAGCAGCAGCAGCAGGUUGCCGCAGCGGUAGCAGCGGCUCAAGCGCAGGCCACAGCAGCUGCUGCCGGUAAAGUUUUGCGUCCCAAUCAGCAGCUGCUUAUGCACUCAUAUUCCACAAACGAUGCUUCCGUAGGUGAAUACAAGUUCACGGUGAAUGUGGGCCAGCACCUGAUCAAGAUAACCGGCGACUGUUGCGAGCUAGUGCGCGUGGCCAAGCUUGUAUUGGACGAUUACUUUAGCAGCUCGGAAUUCCUGGCCUCCAUGGAGGCUGGUGCUGCCUUCGAUGGCACUUCUCUGGUGAGCCCCGUGACCACGCCAUCGACUCCGCUACCCGGCGCUGGACCGCCGCAGUUUAUGCUGCCUUUGGCCGACAGCGGCAUUGGUUUGAACUACUCGGCCAACAAUAAUGGCGAGGGGGAUGAUGAGGUCUUUGCUGAGCCCAGCAACGGAGCGUUGGCCAAUAAUCAGAAUGGUCUGGCCCGUUCCCGACGCAGCCACUUCUCGCGCAAAGAGUCUACGCCAGAGGCGAAGGCCGCUCGCGAAAUUUUCGAUGUUGAGGAACAUACAGCUUUGAAGACAAGUGCAUCUCGCGUCUCGUAUGAUUUGGAACUUUUGAUUUAUUACUCGAAGAGCCCGCAUGCUUGGGUCCUGCCCACCGACUGGCAAAAGAUUCAGGAGACUGCCCCAUCGAUUCUACGCAACAAGGUAACACACGCUCUCGCUAAGCUGCCCUUCGAUAGUUUCGCUUACACUUCAAACAACUGCCCCGACAUCAUCUCCACCAAUAGUGCACAUAACUCAUCAGUAAUAACAACUCCGACAGCGUCCACAGCUCUGAAUGCAAGUAACAAUACCACCCUAACCUCCACCGCCAUCGCCUCUGUCACCGCUAACGCUGGGAAUGCCAGUUCCAAUGUGCUCGAGUCAAUAAUAGACGCUCCCAUAACUAACAACGGCAAGAAAGGGGGGCGCCUGCCCAAGCCAUCGGCUGAGUCCGAUAGGAAUUUGUAUAAUAAGCAGCUUCAAAUAAUAACAAACACAAUGGGUGGAUCCAUGGGAAAGACCACUAACAUUCGCCAGGCUCAAGCAUCUCAAGUAAAGACGGUCUUUAAACGCUACAGCGAGGACGAUGAAUUCGUUACGGCAGCAAGCGAGCCGAUUGUGUCGCUUGAACUUAAUAAUAACCAGAAUAAUGGUUAUUAGACCUUAUCUUUGUAUCAGUAACUCGAAUACGUAGCCGGAAUACGUACCUGAGUUCAUUUCAAGACAAACAUUCUCUAUGUAUCUCAACGAAAAGCCUGCCUUUUAUUUAUCCAUCAUCAUAAUACAUGUUGAUCUCGAAGCCUACCAUUGAUGCUAGAAAGAACAUCGUUCAAUCAUCACUAUCAUACAUUCAUCUAGUUAUAGAAACACAAAACAAAAAAAAACCAAACGAAAGUAAACAAUUUGCUAGUCUUAGACAUAAAGAAUUCAAGUUGGAAAUUGUAACCCAAAAUAAGGAGAAUCUGUGUUUUGGCUGUGAAACAGAUUAAGUCUUCGCUAGAGUUUAACUAAUAUUGAUACAAACUUUAAAGUUUCAUAAAUCAUUACAUGCACAUGCUCGAAUUCAAAUGACAAGAAAAGAAAGUGUAAUUUAUAUUAUUAACAAGACUUGUAAUAACUUUAAAAUGAAACCAAGCAAUGUUUUUGGGACAUACACACACACAUCUAGUUUUAAGCGUUUUAUCUCCUAACCAUGACACACAUAUAACAUAUUACAUAUUGUAAUUCCAAUAAACGAACGUUGUGGACUUUCAAAGUCCGUCACAAUA